CUGAGAAGCUUUCGCUCUUCGGCGGGGAUCUAUAUUGCCAGAGCUGAUCUCUACUUUUCCCAGCCUUCACCUGGAUUUAAUACUAAAGGGAAGCUGUCUCCACGAUGACAACUCUCGCUGGAGCUGUCCCCAGAAUGAUGCGACCAGCUCCCGGACAGAACUACCCUCGCGGCGGAUUCCCAUUAGAAGUGUCUACUCCUCUAGGGCAGGGCAGAGUGAACCAACUUGGUGGAGUUUUUAUCAAUGGCAGGCCCUUACCCAACCACAUCCGUCACAAGAUAGUGGAGAUGGCCCACCACGGGAUACGGCCCUGUGUCAUCUCCCGCCAGCUCCGGGUGUCUCACGGCUGCGUCUCCAAAAUUCUGUGCAGAUACCAGGAGACCGGGUCCAUCAGGCCCGGAGCCAUCGGGGGCAGCAAGCCCAAGCAGGUGACAACGCCGGACGUUGAGAAGAAAAUCGAGGAAUACAAACGAGAGAAUCCUGGCAUGUUCAGCUGGGAAAUUCGAGAUAAAUUACUCAAAGACGGGGUCUGUGAUCGAAACACCGUCCCCUCAGUGAGUUCCAUCAGCCGCAUUUUGAGAAGUAAGUUUGGGAAAGGAGAGGAGGAAGAGGCAGAACUCGAGAGAAAGGAAGUGGAAGAGAGUGAAAAGAAGACCAAACACAGCAUCGACGGAAUCCUUAGCGAAAGAGAGAUAGAAGACGAACAAACUCUUCAUAAGUCGCACUACUGUAACGUUCCAAAGAGCAGCGCUAUUUCAGCUGCAUUAUCUUACCUUUAA